GCUAGAAAGCCAGGGCAGCGUGUGUUCCUGGAUAUGAUAACGUAAAUACAGAAAGCAGGCGGGGCCCCGACCCCAGCUAGAUUAGGCUACAUUGGUCACUUGGCACACAUAGCUGCUCUAGACGCACGAUGGGACACAUGCUUAUUGUUCUCUUUGCGAUCAGCAUAUCUGCUGUCUUUAGUGACUUUGUUCGUCCGCUGUCCCACGUUUCGCACUAUGAAGUUGUGCGACCGGUGAAAUUAAACAGCAGAAGCAGGCGCAGUAUAUCUGAACAGGAUGGCGCGGUGAAACAGUAUCCAGAUGAACUUCAGUAUGAGCUACACUUAGAUGGAAGAAAUCACACUGUUCAUCUGGAGAAAAAUCGGCUCCUCAUAGGAAAUAAUUACUCUGAAACACAUUACAACCAGGAUGGAACUCGUGUGACCACAUUUCCAAAUUUUGAGGAUCACUGUUACUAUCAUGGACACAUCCAAGGCUUGGAGGAUUCAUCUGUUAGUGUUGGAGUCUGUAAAGGCAUUAGCGGUUUCCUGCGGGCGGCGCAGCAGGUGUACCUGAUUGAGCCGCUGGAAGAGGGCCCAGAGGGGGACCACGCCAUCUACAAGCCCCAGCACAUGAGGGGCCGAACAGCCAAAUGUGGCCUUUCCAACAGCACCGAGGAGGACAGCAGUUUUAUCCAGCCCAGGGCAGCAGGAGUCUUCAGGCCUAAUGGCCAGCAAAACAAGCCACAUUUCAAUACACCCCGUUAUGUGGAAUUGUACAUGGUGGUUGACAAUAUGGAGUUCCUCAAAUAUAAGACCUUCGAGAAUGUGCGAGCGAGGAUACAAGAUGUAGUCAAUCACAUCGACUUGUAUUACCAAGCUGUAAAUAUCCGAGUCCUGCUGGUCGGCCUUGAAGUGUGGACACAACAGGACAAGUUCAUGGUCCAUGGUGAUGAGGGGAGAACCCUUGACCGCUUCAUUGAAUGGCGCCUGAAUGACCUUGUCCCUAGGGCUCGCCACGACAAUGCAAUGUUUGUCACCGGUAUUGAUUUUUUCAGUGACACUGUUGGCUUCGCAACCAGAAAUGCUAUGUGCACAGACAAAUCAUGCGGCGUUAACCAGGACUAUCACGAGAACGCUCUCGCCUUGGCUGCCACCAUUGCCCAUGAGAUGGGCCACAACUUGGGCAUGACGCACGACGAUCCUGACUGCAGCUGUGGGCCCACUGAGAGGAAGUGUCUGAUGGUGGCGACUGUUGAGAAGCGUCCCUGGACGUUCCCGAAGCUCUUUAGUGACUGUAGUCUGAAGCAGCUGAGUGAGUUCCUGCAGAGCCCCAGUGUCAGCUGCCUGCUGGACGCUCCCAGGCCGGACUCGCUGUACGGCGGCGCCGCGUGUGGGAACGGAGUGCUGGACACCGGAGAGGAGUGUGACUGCGGAUCUGCGAAGGACUGCCAGAACCCCUGCUGUGAUGCGUCCACGUGUCGUCUCACCGCAGGAUCAGUGUGCGCGGACGGAGAGUGCUGUGAGCAGUGCCAGAUCAAGCAACCAGGGAGCGUGUGCAGGGCAGCAGCCCAUGACUGUGACCUAGCUGAAUACUGUACCGGGAGUUCUGGAGCCUGUCCCGAAGACUCCUUCAAGAUGAACGGAGUGGAAUGUAACUAUGGCAGAGGCUACUGCUACAAUGGCAUGUGCCCGAGUGCAGAAGGACAGUGCAAGAGACUGUGGGGCCCAGGUGCUCAGGCACCUCCCGAGUGCUUCCAUUACAACUUGAAAGGGGUGGCAGAAGGCCACUGUGGAGUGUCUGGUCGAAAGUACAAACGCUGCUCAGACAGGGACAUGGUGUGCGGUAAGCUGUUCUGCAUGGGAGGGAAUAAGAUUCCCUUUGUUGGCCGCGGUGGAGGCUGGACAUCGCGCGAGUGCUUCUUUGUGACCGAUGACACAGACAUUCAUGGGUUUGGUAUGGUGCCAACCGGCACCAAGUGUGGUCUAAACAAGGUAUGCUACGACCAAAUGUGCCAGGACAUCAACGUGUAUGGAAACGAAAACUGCGCUGAAAAGUGCAACAAUCAUGGGGUGUGCAAUCAUAAAGGAGAGUGCCACUGUGACAUCGGCUGGGCUCCACCUGACUGCAGCAGCAGAGGAUACGAGACCCAUGGUAACAGUGCAGUCAUCAUUGGUGUGAGUGCAGCUGGUGCUGUGAUCUUACUGCUAGCUCUUCUGGUCGCAGUGACCAGGCUCUGCAAAAAGGGAAAAGCAACCAGAUUCUUCUGUAAAAAGAAGCCUCACUCAGGGAAGCUGACGCCAUCCUACCAGAGGGACCUCGCCAGUGACGGCCAGCUCACACAGCCGCUCCACAUCAGCCAGCCGGUGUUCAUGGAGACCACGUCCAAGCGGAUUGAUGGCCCCACGGUGAUAACCGUCAUGCCCUCCCGCCAGGCACCAUCGCCACCCACAAACUCACCAAGACUGCCAAGUCAGGGGCAUAAUACCCAGAUGAGGCCUAUGCCCCCACCGAAGCCCUCGCCUGCUGCCCCUGCAAAGCUGGCCCAUAAGCCCUCUCCACCUCCAGUGCCCCCAGUGAAGCCAUCUGUGGCCAAUGGAGACUGGAAUCACACACAGUCAGGAACAGGAAAGCCGGCGUGGAGGCCUCCCACCAUUCCGAGAUGAUGACUCGGAGCGAGGUCAUGGCGUGAGUCACCCAAUCAAAGCAAAGCCGUCCUCAGAUUAACUUCUCCGAGCCAGACCACUGUUCCGGUGCAGACCUGCCUCUGAGAAGGCUCCUCAGGAACAAAGCCUUGGUGUUUCAGGUACACAUGAGGAAUUAGGGACAUACAGGAGGAAAUGCCUCUGAUGUCAGAUUAAUGUCAGAUUUGUUCAAAAUGUUUGCUCAAAGUUUUUUUUAAGGUUAGGGUUUAUUGUGUAUUGUUUAUAGGAUCCCCAUUAGCUAAGUAUAGUGUAUAUAUAUACUUUCUUUUUUUUGACCCCGUGAGGGAAAUUUGGUCUCUGCAUUUAACCCAAUUGGUGAAUUAGUGAAACACAAACAGCACACAGUGAGGUGAAGCACACACUAAUC